AUGCCGAGAUUUGCCGAAAGGAUUUUAAACGUGACAGUGACCGUUGGGAGAGAUGCUCUCUUGGCCUGCGUCGUCGAUAACCUCAGGGGUUUUAAGGUUGCUUGGGUACGAGUGGACACUCAAACGAUCCUUUCGAUUCAUCACAACGUGAUAACACAAAAUCCGAGGAUAUCGCUAUCGUACAACGAUCACAGAUCGUGGUACCUGCAUAUAAAAAACGUCGUGGAAGCAGAUAGGGGAUGGUACAUGUGUCAAGUGAACACGGAUCCGAUGAGGAGCCGACAGGGAUAUUUACAAGUUGUCGUGCCACCGAGCAUUGUAGAUAAGGAAACAAGCACGGACAUGGUUGUUAGAGAGUCGACAAACGUCACGCUUGUUUGCAAAGCAACCGGUUAUCCAGAACCCUACGUCAUGUGGAGAAGAGAAGACGGCGAAGAUUUUAAUUACAAUGGCGAAAACGUUAACGUCGUCGAUGGAGAAUCUUUUCAUAUCACUAGAAUAAGCAGAAUACACAUGGGAGCAUAUUUGUGCAUUGCAUCGAACGGUGUACCGCCUUCCGUUAGCAAAAGAGUUUUGCUAAGAGUUCAAUUUCCUCCGAUGCUUUCGAUACCGAAUCAAUUGGAAGGUGCUUAUCUGGGGCAAGAUAUAUCUCUCGAAUGUCACACGGAAGCUUAUCCGACUUCAAUUAAUUAUUGGACGACAGAAAGAGGAGACAUGAUCGUUUCAGAGAAAAAAAAACUUAUUGUGACGUCAUCAUAG